AAUUUGAAGCCCAUUAUAUUGGGCUUUUGUUUGAAGCCCAUUAUAUUUGUGCAAUAAUAAAAUUUUCUUUCUUCGUCCUCUAUCUCCGCCUCCGCUUCUUAAUCGUCGCCGCCGCCGGAAACUGUAAGCACAAACCGUUGGAUUUCUAAACCCCUUACGUCUCUUUAUCACUACUCGUAAAGUUCUGCAAGGUUCUCUCUAAUGGAGAAAUCUCGGGAAAGUGGGUUCUUGUUCUGUAAUUUGUGUGGGACGAUGCUGGUCUUGAAAUCAACCAAGUAUGUAGAAUGUCCACUCUGCGAAACAACGAGAAAUGCCAAAGAAAUCAUUGACAAGAAUAUAUCAUACACAGUUUCUGCUGAGGAUAUUAGAAGAGAAGUAGGAAUAUCUCUGUUCGGUGAAAAAACGUAGGAAGAAGCUGAGCUACCAAAGAUCAAAAAGGCAUGCGAAAAAAAUGCCAGCAUCCGGAGCUUGUCUACACAACCAGACAGGUAGGUAUGUCCAAGCUUCAAAGUUCUUCUUCUUGUCUCCAAUGAAUGUGUUCUUCAGAGUUUUCUGAUUUGCAGACAAGAUCAGCUGAUGGACAGACAACAUAUUACACUUGCCCCAAUUGUCGACGGCCCGGAGCUUUUUUUUUUAAUAAAAAAAUUUACAU